CAGACUGGUCGAACAAUCGCAGCAGUUUUGUCGACGUUUAGGCCGCUGUUUUGUUUUUAUUUAUUUUGCCUAUUCUUCGUUUCAGGCCGCCGCCAUGAUUAAAAACGGUCAUUACGUCACUGACGGGCAGGGCGGGGCCGCCCGUUCGUUCGGCCAGGGUGGAUCCGCGUGCACCCCGGAAAAAAGGAAGCGGGUUGUACGUGUGUGGUGUGACGGCUGUUACGACAUGGUCCAUUACGGUCACUCCAACCAGCUGCGGCAGGCGAAGUCCAUGGGCGAUUACCUCAUGGUCGGCGUUCACACAGAUGCGGAGAUUUCCCAGCACAAGGGUCCUCCGGUCUUCACUCAGGAAGAACGCUACAAAAUGGUCCGAGCCAUCAAAUGGGUGGAUGACAUCGUGGAAGGAGCACCGUACGUCACCACGCUGGACACUCUGGACAAGUAUAACUGUGACUUCUGUGUCCACGGAGAUGACAUCACUCUGACGGUUGACGGGAAGGACACGUAUGAGGAGGUGAAGUGCGCCGGCCGGUACAGGGAGUGUAAACGCACGCAGGGCGUGUCCACCACAGACCUGGUGGGGCGCAUGCUCCUGAUGACUAAGGCGCACCACAGCGUGAUGAGUAACCCGGAUUACCAGCAGCACACCGACAACUUUGGAAAGGGUCCAAAAGGCACCAGUCCCUGGACCGGAGUGUCUCAGUUCCUGCAGACCUCCCAGAAGAUCAUCCAGUUUGCUUCAGGAAAGGAGCCUCAGACCGGAGACACCAUCAUCUACGUGGCCGGGGCCUUUGACCUUUUCCACAUUGGCCACGUGGACUUCUUGGAGACAGUUUACCGGCAGGCAGAGAGGCCCUAUGUUAUUGUCGGCCUCCACUUUGACCAGGAAGUGAAUCGGUACAAAGGGAAGAACUACCCGAUCAUGAACAUCCAUGAGAGGACGCUGAGUGUGCUGGCGUGCCGGUAUGUGUCAGAAGUCGUGAUCGGAGCGCCGUACGCCGUCACCAAAGACCUACUGGAUCAUUUUAAGGUGGAUCUGGUGUGUCACGGCAAGACUGAAGUCUUCCCGGACAAAGACGGCUCAGACCCAUACGCGGAACCAAAGCAGAGGGGGGUCUUCAGGGCCGUGGACAGCGGGAACACUCUGACCACCGACGACAUCGUCCAGCGGAUCAUUGAAAACCGACUGCAGUUUGAGGCCCGAAACCAGAACAAGGAGGCCAAGGAGAUUGCAGUGAUUGAGGCCUUGAAGAGGAGGGAGGAGCAGGUGAAGGACGCCGCUGAUGCCCAGGCCGCUCACUGAAGUGACGUCAGACCUCUGUGUGUGUGAUUCACUGGUUCUGAUCUGCAUGGGUCAAACAGGGUGACCUCAUGGGAAAGGUGCAGGUUCUCCUAACGUGGGCGUGGCUGGGUAAAAGCCUCAGAAUCUGUGUCUAAAGAUUGGGUCCUGGUGGAGGUGAUUCUGCUGUGUUCUGAUUUGUUCUGUCGUCUUUUCUUUCGUCGGGUCUCGGACUCUCCCCGUUAAAGCGUCUGUAAAUUAACUUAUUGCUGAUUGCUUUUAGAUUUUAAUUCACAAUUUUUAAUUGUUCUGUUUUUUGUUUGUUUGUUUUUUUAUUUUGGGCUUUGGUUCUGGAUUAUCAGAGUUGUGACUGGUCUGGUUGGAGACGUCUUCACUGACGUCUUACUGUGUUUCAGAAUUCAUCAGAAAACUGAAACAUUUCCUCUGAAGACUCAUGAAACAUCUGGAAGAGGAAACAGGAAGUCUGGUGUUUUCCAGUAAACUUGUAGAUUUAGUUUCUGUUUAUUUUAUCAAAAAAAAGAGACAAUGUGUGUGAAGUAUUAAAAUUUUAAUCACAGAUUUUAACUUCCUGAAUUUGCACUGAUUUUACAAGUCAGAAAAAGUUUGGACGAUAUGGAAAAUGAAGG